CUGACCUCUGAGCAAGAGGCAAUUCCAGUCAUUCAACAAUCAAACAGAGCAGCCUGGACGUCAAUCAUAGUGAAAUCCUGGUGCAUAGGUUUUGGGCUGUAGUUGGAGACUCUGUUCAUUGCAUUCCACCUCAGGCUUGUGCUAGCAAGGCGCUGCAGCACCUAGCCAACCAGAUAAUUUGGAUAGAAUGGUAACGCCUAUCACUCUGUCUUGUCAUGCAGCCCUUGGACUCUGAUCACUGCAUGAUCCAUCUCAUCCCGACCUACAGGCUGAAACUUAAAGCUGUGAAGCCUGUGGUUAAAGCAGUGAAGAGAUGAACCAAGGAGGCAAGGUCACAGCUACAGGCCAGCUUUGACUGCACAGACUGGAGUGUUUUUGAAGCUGCUGAACAAACCUGAAUCCACUCACCAACACUGUGACAUCAUACACCAGCAUGACCUUCUGCAUAUACAACAACAAGCCCUGAUUCAAAGUAAAACUCAGGGCCAGAAACACAAUGACAAUGGAGAUCAGGGUAGCAAAGAGAAGCUACUCUGAAAAGCUGAAAAACCAGAUUUCAGCCAAUGACCCUGCCACUGUGAGAAGCCUACAGAACAUCUCCAGUUACAGGAACCCCACCCACCUAACCUCAGACACACCAACAGCAGCUGCUUCCUCUACAACCAUCUCCAUCAUUCCCAGGCCCCCCACCCCUGACGAUCUGUGAAAAAGAUGUACGAGGCCUUUUUCAAAAACAAAAACGUCAGAAAUUGAUGAAUGUCUGACAUCACCCCGUUGUCUAAUUUCCAGUUAGUCGCCUAUAAAAAGCAGUUAAUGCAGCUUCCAUGUCAUUUGGGAUAGAUGAAAAAGAUUCCUAUGUUAACAACUUGCAAGCAUUUAUUUUCAAAAUGACAGAUGUAUGUUUGCAGAGUUGGCUGAGUGAAGAUUACAAUACAGUGAAAAUACUAGACAAUUGCACCAUUGAAUUUGGGUUUAAUUACACUAAUAAUCUUUGGCUGAUGUGAGGCACUUAUGCUCACACUUGUGAACAUAAAUAUUCCCAUAGGAAUCACAAUGAGAAGACUCCUGGUGUCAGGCAUGUCGGUAUCUUUAAUCAUACAUUCAGAUUAUCCAGAUUCCCUGAUGGGGAGGUGACAGAAAUAAAAAUGCUUUUACAAAGGGAGUGUUUUUGGUUUCAUCAUCUGGGCACUUUAAUGCUCUCUGGUUUGAAUGCAGCAUUCACCUUGUCCUGUUUAAUACAGUAUAUGUGAUUUGUAUGCCGACUCAGUAAUUAGUUUUUUGGUGGGCUCUUGAUAUAAGGUAGAUGUUGUGAUUUAUGAGUUCCCUUUAUUGGCUACCUUGUUGGGCUUCAUUAUGCCAUGUUAUGCAGUGUAUGACUAGACAUGUAUUGUUUAUUAAAAAAUUAAUUCAUUGUAUUGUUUAUUGUUAAAAUUAAUUGCUAAUGGUCUUUUAUUUUAUAUUGUGUCAGACAGAUCACAGAUACAGGCUACUGUCAUAGGAGUCCAUAAACUGUCUUUUGUUCAUUGUCUUUGGUUAAACUUAUAUAUGCAAUUCAGAUAUACAGAUUUUACUCCCGCAAUGCUGUGUGUGUCAGUGCUUUUCUGAAGUGCUCUACCUUUUGUCAUUUCCAAGGUUUGCCCCAGUUUAGAUUGUAAUAAGUUAAUCUCAGUUGGCUGGUGUGCUGUCAACAGAAGGUGCUAUGGAGAUAGUUACCCUGACAAUGUGGGCAUUGCAAUGAAACGACAAGGGGGACAUGAAGCCAGUGCCAAAAGACAACCAGACCAAUGUGAGAAAACAAAGGGAAAUGAAGAGGAGGAUGAAAUGAAAAGAGUUUGUCCUUUAACACAGAACAUGCAGUGUGAGUUGGAUCUGCUCUGCUGGGGUAGCGGGGCACUUGGCCAGACUGGACAUGGCAGGCCAGGGGACAUCGGUCCAGAUGAGGCCCAUCUGAGAGACUUCACAGUGGCUAGGUUGGGCAGGGUGAAGCUGCUGGCUUGUGGAUCUAGCCACUCCAUUGUGGUAACAGUGGACAACAGGAUCUUUGCAUGGGGAAAUGGCACCAGUGGACAACUGGGUGAUGGAGAGCGGCAGGUAAAACCCCAGCCAGUUGAGGUUAAGCUGCCACAGGAACUGAACAUUCAAGGAAGUGAAGCAGACGUGAGUGUCGUCAAUGUCGUGGGUGCGGCCUGUGGAAGCAGACACUCCUUCAUAUGGACUGACACUGGACAGGCCUACAGUUUUGGGAACAACUUUUACGCCCAGCUGGGCUACAACUUUCAGAGGGCUAACUUCAAGGAACACCAGAUAGAGCCCCCAAACCUGGCCCUCUCCCUUGUAUAG